AAAAACUAAUAUAGUAGCUAAUGCAUUGUCAAAAAGACCUGAAACAAAUAUAAUAACUGAAGUUAGUAUUAAAGAAGAUAUAUAUGAAAGAAUAAAAGAAGAAUACAAAGAAGAUACUUAUCUUAAAAUAAUCUUAAAAGUAUUGAAAGACUCUAUUAGCAAAGAAGCUAAAUAA